GAAAACUCUUCCCCUCCUCCUCCCCUCUCUCUCUCUUUCUCUCUCUCUCUCGCCGGAGUUUCAGUCUCUCCGGUGAACUUUUGGUUUCUUUUCUUUUUUCAGCUCACAUUUCAAGCCUUAAAAUACUCAAACUUUUAAGUCUCAAUUUCAGUUGUUUUUCCAGUCACCUCUAGGUUGAUAGACUAAAACCCAUAUUUACAACCCAAACAAUUUCUUGUAUUCUUGAUUUUCCGGCGACUUUCCGGCGACAAGAACCUGAUUUUCUCUAAAAAGACUGACCAACUUUUCUUUGUUUUUGUUGGUUUUUGUCGGUUUUUGAAGGUUUUAGUUAACUUUUUCAAGAACUACCGCACUCAAAACACGGCUCUGUUUUGGUUUGGGGAGAGACUUUUUAGAGGGAGAGAGAGACAGACAGACAGACAGAGAGUGAGUGAGAAUAAGUACUUUGUCUUGUUCUCUGACACCAUCACUGCAACAACUAACACAAAUCCCUAAAAGCCCUUUUCAACAAAGAACAUAUAGCAAUUUUAGAGAGAGAGAGAGAGAGAGAGAGGUAGGUUUCUGUCUUUGAAUCAAAGUUUUCUUCUGGGUCUUUGUGGUGGGUCUGUGAAGAUUUCCAUUUGUUGCUUUGAGACUGCCUCUGUAAUGCAGUGUGUUAAUUUCACUCGAGAAGCAACAAUAGAGGAGAGAACGAUGAUGGAACACAAAAGGAGCCCCCUUUCCAUUGAUCAAAGCAGUCUCAAUACUUUUUCACCAAAACGACACAAGGCUGAUUUGUCCAUCUCCUCCAAGGAGAGGAAAGAGAAGCUUAGCGAAAGAAUUGGGGCUCUGCAACAGCUUGUUUCACCAUAUGGGAAGACAGACACAGCUUCGGUUCUUCUAGAGGCUAUGGAAUAUAUUAGAUUUCUGCACGAACAAGUUAAGUUGUUGAGUGCUCCAUACCUCCAGAGCACCCCCACACCUAAGAUGCAGGAAGCUGGACCACACAGCCUUCGAAGCAAAGGCUUAUGUCUCGUGCCAAUUUCAUGUACUACCGGAGUUGCUAGCAGCAAUGGUGCAGAUAUCUGGGCCCCCAUCAAGACCACUUCACCCAAAUUUGCGUGACUCAUCGCCAUUGGUUGAGCGAUGAAGCUGGUUCUCCACUUCUCCGUAAGCAGGAUCUAUUUUUCGUGCAGAGGAUUUUUAGACAAGAGUAUGCAGUGCAGAAGCUAAUUUUUAUGACAAUUGUCCGGCAAGAAUGCGCAUGGAUUGAAUCUCAGGUAGGAAAAAAAUAAUCAAAUUAUUUUUAAUCAUAAGAUCUGAUAGUGUAGUUGUAGUUGAAAAUCAACCUAGUUUUCAAGUUGACUUGGGUAUGAGUAUUGAGUAUUGUAUGUAUUCUGAUUUUGGAAAAAAUGUAGUAAGUAGUAUAUGAAUGGGAAUGGGAGUUAUGUAAGGAUCUUAAUAAUAUUAUAUGUAUAUAGAAAUGGAAAAAUGUCAUUAAUAUAGCUGCCAAGUUUAUGAAUUGAUAUUUCUAAA